CGUGUCCCUGGUCCCCGUGCAUCGCGUGAGCCCCCGCUCCCCGGCCCGCGCAACCCUGCUGGCAUGGACGUACACACCCGCUGGAAAGAUGCGCUCCCGGGCGCCCCGCUGCUGUCCCCGCCGCUGCUCCUGCUCCUGCUGCUGCUGUGGGCGCCGCCUCAGAGCCGCGCAGCUCAGCCAACAGAUCUUCUGGAGAUGCUAGAUUUUCACAAUUUGCCCUCAGGGGUAACGAAAACCACAGGUUUCUGUGCCACUCGACGGUCUUCCAGAGGGCCGGAUGUUGCCUACCGAGUCUCUAAAGAUGCACAACUCAGCAUGCCCACCAAGCAGCUGUACCCUGACUCUGAUUUUCCUGAGGACUUCUCCAUCCUGACUACCGUGAAAGCCAAGAAAGGCAGCCAGGCCUUCCUGGUCUCUGUUUACAAUGAGCAGGGCAUCCAGCAGGUGGGGCUGGAGCUGGGCCGCUCCCCAGUCUUCCUCUAUGAGGACCACACAGGGAAGCCCGGGCCUGAGGAGUAUCCACUCUUCCCUGGCAUCAACUUGUCUGAUGGCAAGUGGCACCGGAUUGCUAUCAGUGUCUACAGGAAAAAUGUCACCCUGAUUCUUGACUGUAAAAAGAAGGUUGUGAAGUUCCUCAACCGCAGUGACCACCCCAUAAUAGAUGUCAAUGGCAUCAUCAUGUUUGGCUCUCGGAUUCUGGAUGACGAAAUAUUUGAGGGUGACAUCCAACAGUUGCUCUUUGUCUCCGACCACCGGGCUGCCUAUGAUUACUGUGAGCACUACAGUCCCGACUGCGAUACUGCGGUUCCUGACACCCCUCAGUCACAGGACCCUAACCCAGAUGAAUAUUAUCCAGAAGGAGAUGGUGAGACCUAUUACUACGAGUACCCAUAUUAUGAAGACCCUGAAGACCUGGGCUCCCCUCCCCACACCCACACGCCUCUUCCAAUCCUCUGCCCCCAGGAACAGACCCAGCCCCCACCAGAAGCCCCUACAGUGCCUGAGACCAGUGACCCUGCCGGCAAGGAGGAUGAUCCAGGGUUUGGGGACUAUGACUAUGUGCCCACUGACGACUACUACACUCCCGCCCCCUAUGAAGACCUUGGCUAUGGCGAGGGUGUGGAGAACCCUGACCAGCCCACCAACCCUGACUCAGGGGCCGAGGUUCCCACCAGCACCAUCAUAACCUCCAACACCUCCAAUCCAGCUCCAUCUCCAGGGGAAGACAAGGAUGACCUGGGCGGUGAGUUCACUGAGGAAACCAUCAAGAAUCUAGAGGAAAACUACUAUGACCCAUACUUCGACCCCGACUCUGACUCCAACGUCUCCCCAUCGGAGAUAGGGCCAGGCAUGCCAGCUAACCAGGACACCAUCUAUGAGGGGAUUGGAGGACCUCGAGGUGAGAAAUAUGUAUACUUGGGAGAGGCUCUGGGGGGUGGGGGAAUAUUCUAUAGCUUGGUCAAGGUGCUGGGCAAAGUGUAG